AAAUAAUCAUAACAUAAGCAAAGUAUAAAAUAUAAUCAUAACACCAAAUAAUCAUAACAUAUGCAAAGAAUAAUUGUACAAUUAUAUUAUCCAUUUGCGGGCAGUGGGUAGCUAGUCCAGGCCAUGGCUGUUCUCAGCUGCUUCAACCUUUGCACUCCUCCUCCCCCUUCUAAAAUUGCCUCUUCCACCACCCCGCAGAAUCGUCACACUUUUCAAAUCUUUGCCAGACCUCUUUCCCCGGCUACUCCUACUCUGAACCAACCACCCCACACCUCAAGGGGGGACCCGCUCUUGUAUUGUGCUAAAUCCCUAUCCACUGCCAGCUUUAUUGCUCUCCUCUCAGCUUCACUCUUCUUUUCCUCUGAUCCAGCUUUGGCCUUCAAGGGUGGAGGUCCAUAUGGUGCUGAGGUAACCCGAGGGCAAGACCUUACUGGCAAAGAUUUUAGUGGUAGAACUUUGAUCAAGCAAGAUUUCAAAACGUCCAUAUUGAGACAAGCGAAUUUUAAAGGCGCAAAAUUGACAGGAGCUAGCUUCUUUGAUGCUGAUUUAACAGGUGCUGAUCUGUCUGAUGCUGAUCUUAGAGGUGCUGACUUCUCCUUCGCAAAUUUAGCAAAGGCAAAUUUAACCAAUGCUAACUUGGAAGGAGCACUUGCAACUGGAAAUACAUCUUUUAAAGGGUCAAUUAUAACAGGCGCAGAUUUCACAGAUGUUCCUUUGAGAGAAGACCAAAGGGGAUUCCUCUGCAAAAUUGCAAAUGGGCUAAAUCCAGAAACGGGUAACGCAACACGUGAUACAUUACUCUGCCGUUAAAAUUUAGAAUCAAGGUUUCUCUCCAAACCAAGAUGCUGGGUAUUAGUAUUACAUGGAAGGACACACUGUUAUUCACUUUGAAACAGCAAAUCCUGAGUUGAAGAAGAGAAACCUUCACUGAUCUCACAGCAUUGUCUUCGCGGUUUCUGCACAUAUGCAAAUUCAUAAAGUCAAUCAUUUAUAAGUACCACUACCUCCUAAUAUGAAAACAUUGUGUGAGUAAUACUGAAAAAAUUGGAGGCAUAAUUUUUUGGGGGAAUUUGACUUUGCACCCCACUUUUUGUAUGAUAUUAGACUUUGCACCCCAUUUUAAAAAAACUUUUAUUUUGCACCCCAUUUCACUUCAAAAUCAUUUGACUUUACACCCCAUUUAGAAAUUUUCCUUCUCAAAUGUUAUAUGAUAGGGUGCAAAGUCAAAGGUUUUUUAAAAUGAGGUGCAAAGUCCAAUAUCACCCAAAAAGUAGGGUGCAAAGUCAAAUUCUCCCUAAUUUUUUACAUUCAAAUAGUGUUCUUUUAUUGACUUCUUAGUUCUUAUCUAUUGUUAUCUAAAUCUUUGGAGUUUUUUCUAUAGUAUUACUCAUACGUAGUAUAAUAAUAAUCAUUGAUAAAAAUGUGAUGACUAGUAACACGGCCUCAUGCGUCAAUGCCACCAUG